GACCUGUUCAGUGUCACACGUGACACUCAUACCGAAGCCAUGCUCAAAUUGGAAAGUAACUGGACAAAGAUUUUGCUGUUUGCUGGGAUAAGAUUGAUUCCUGGAGUCCUUCUAGUGUACCCUGACUCCGUGGUCAUGCCCCGGGGUGAAAAUGUGACACUACUGUGCACCAACAUUAUGAAAGCUGCAGGAUUCGUGGCCUGGUUCCGACAAGCCAAUCAAUCAGUACCACUGUGUAUCUUGUCAACGUAUAGCACUUCAAGGAAUGUUUUAUAUUACAAUGGGGCAUCAGCUGAACGUACCAAAAUGAAUGUGACCAAAAACAACAUCUCCCUCAGAAUUACUGCAGUGGAUUCAUACGACACAGGACUGUAUUUCUGCGGGAUGUGGGUGGAGACAAUGUUGAUUUUUGCCAAUGCAACUUUUUUACAUAUCAGAGGAAACAUCCCAGAGGAGGAUGACCUUCAUAAAGGACUGCCAAAAUAUGAUAAUGUAGGAAAAGAAACCAGCUUGUUUCCUGUCCUUGUCAUUAUGGGGAUUGUGGCCAUUAUCCAACUGGUAGUAAUUGUCAUGCUUGUAGUAAGAGGGAGACUGCAAGACAGGAACAAAGACAGUAAAGGAAAUGCCAUUCAGCAAACUCAUGAUGAACAGAACCAAGACCCAGAUUUGGUGAACUAUGCAGCGUUGGAUUUUACUCGUCAUAAGAGGAAGUCUGUGGGAAGACAAAAGGACCUGGACACUCAUGUAAUUUAUUCAGCUACAAGAUGAAGUCUGGCUGAAUAUAGGAAAACAUGGGACAAACCGAUGAUUUGGGUCAGUUAACAAACAGACUGUCAUAAUCCCCCGACAUGUCUGUGUGUGACUGUAUAGCUAUAUACUGUACACCUCAAAGAUACUGUUGGAUCUGUCAUUGUGUAAUGUUUCAUUGUUUUUUUGUCACAAGCUAUAUAAUGGCAAUUUUGUUUAUCCAGGUUCUCACAAUAUUAUUGUACUUGGAUAGUAAAUAAUAUAUGCAUAUAAAAAACUGUUCUUUUCUCCUUAGUACUUAAAGUCAAGCCAUACCCAGCAUCAAAUAAACUUGUAUAAAUGAA